UUAUCUAUGUAGUACCCGGCAAACUCUGGUCAAAUGUUGACCGAAAUGUACAGAUCAGUGUUUUUCCUUGUUUUUGCUUUAGUAAUAGCAGACGCUGCCAUUAUAAAUAGAUAUGAUGAAAGUGAAUGCAACUUAGAUCCUCAAAUAGUACACGAUAUAGCAUCUUAUAAAAAUGUGACACAAAUUAUUAUGGAAGAGAUAAAGAAUAAAGGAUUGGGAGAGAGAAUGUUUGAGCAAUUCGUAUCAUUUUUGGACAAAUUCGGUGCCCGUCCGUCCGGAACAGAGACACUGGAGAAAGCCAUAGACCACAUGAUUAAUCUUACAAGAGCACAUGGAGUCACUGAUGUUACUACUGAACAAGUAGACGCCCCACACUGGGUUCGUGGACAUGAGUCAGUAUCCAUGAUUUCACCUCGUGAAAAGAAUAUCGCAGUAAUUGGCCUCGGAAGCAGCGUAAGCACUCCUAAGGAAGGAAUCACUGCAGAGGCAAUCGUCGUUAAGAAUUUCAAAGAACUCGAUGAAAAGACCAAUGACGAUAUUAAAGGGAAAAUAGUUGUUUACGAUGUACCAUACGUGGUGUAUUGGGAAACUGUACAGUAUAGAUCACAUGGAGCUUCUAAAGCAGCUGCCAAAGGAGCUGUGGCGUCACUUAUUCGUUCAGUUACUCCUUUCUCUAUAUAUUCUCCUCAUACUGGUGCUCAAUAUUAUGACGAUAAAGUACCAAAAAUCCCAGCAGCAGCAAUCACUCAUGAAGAUGCAGAUUUGUUAUCCAGACUACAAAUACAAGGCGAAAAGAUUGUUUUGAAAAUUCAAAUGGCCAGCACAUUUGAUAUGAAAAAGUCGCGGAAUACUAUUAUAGACGUAAAAGGCAAAGAGGAUCCUGAUAAAUUAGUGAUUGUCUCUGGACACAUUGAUAGCUGGGAUGUGGGACAAGGAGCUAUGGAUGACGGAGGUGGUAUGAUCAUCAGUUGGCUAGCUCCAAUAGCUUUGCACCACUUAAAUCUAAGGCCUAAAAGAACUUUGCGUGCUAUUUUAUGGACAGCUGAAGAACCUGGUCUUGUUGGUGCUCAAGCAUACAUAAAUAAACAUAUUAAUGAGCUCGACAAAAUAGAUUUUGUCAUGGAAUCAGAUGAAGGUACAUUUAAGCCUCGCGGUUUGACAGUAGCUGGAUCUAAAGAGGCUCAAUGUUUAAUAGCAGAAGUACUCAAAUUGUUUUCUCCGAUAGACAAAUUAAAGGAAAACGACUACCUCGCUAACACUUCUCUUAAAAAUGAAGGCCAACUAAGAGCAGUUUUCUCUUAG